CCUUCCCGGCGGCGUCGCCGCCGCUGCCAGACAGCUGCACCCAGACAACGUACGCUCCACGCUGUUACAUUGUUCGGAGUCAUUUACGUGUCACACGCAGCUUGAAAAGAUGCCGAUAGUUCUGUACCAUUUUCCUCUCAGCCCGCCUUGCAGAACAGCUCUGUGCACCGCUAAGGCCCUUGGGCUUGACGUCACCAUCAAAAUCGUCAACCUCAUGGAAAGGGAACACCUCAAUGAGGACUACGUUAAGAUGAAUCCAGAGCACACAAUACCGUCUCUGGACGAUAAUGGUUUGUUCAUAUGGCACAGCCACGCAAUCGCCACGUACCUGGUGUCCAAGUACGGGAAGGACGACUCUCUGUACCCGAAGGAUCCAGCCAAGAGGGUGGUUGUGGACCAACGACUCUACUUCGAUGCCACCACGCUGUUCCCUCGUCUGAGAGCCACUACUUUUCCUUUGAUGUUCCUGGGAAAAUCUGACGUGGAACCGGACAAGAAAGCUGCCAUAUACGAUGCACUGGGGAUUCUGGAGAAGUUCCUGGAGCCCACUGGAUGGGUGGCGGGAGACCACGCCACGGUGGCCGACAUCGCCUGCGCUGUGACCACGGCCACUCUGCAGGCAAUGGGAGUAGUCCUUGAUGCGUACCCAAAGAUAAGGGAGUGGCUGCAACGAUGUAACAGCACCAUCCCCCACUUUGAAGAGGAAAAUAAGGAAGGACUGAAGGAUGUCACAGAAGCCAUUAAAAGCAGAGUGACUUAUAAUGUAUAUGCGCCGUAACCAUGAGGCUUCAAAUAUCUGUAUUUGAAAGUCAGUUACUUAUCAGUAUGACUGGAGUAUUCUUUUGAUUAUAAAUUGCUUACUACCUUUUUUACUAUAUAUUUACUGCUGUCUUUGCUUCCAAGUUUUGGUUUCCUUGUUUCAACUUCUCAUGCUUAUUAAAAGAAAACAAAUCAUUGGGACCUAAAUAAUUAGCAAUGACAUAUUUUAAUGAAAUUCUAUAGCACUAAAAUCUAUGUAUGUAAAAAGCAGAUUUAUCAUUCUUACCAUUACCGUACAAAAAUAAAACAAGUUUGAAGUGACACCCAAAA